AUGCCUCCGGUGCCCAAUCCCCUCCCCCGCCUUAUCGUUUACUACCAAACCCACCACACGCCCUCAGGCCAACACAUCUCCGUCCUCCCACUCACCCAGAAAGAAAUCAGCCUAACUCACCUCAUCGUAGCCGCCAUUCACAUUAAUGAAGACCCCAAUGCCCUCACUCUCAACGACCAUCCCCCCGACCACCCCCGCUUCACCACCCUCUGGGCCGAACUGCGUGUCCUCCAAGCCUGCGGCAUCAAAGUCCUCGGCAUGCUGGGAGGUGCUGCCAAGGGCAGCUACAUGCGGCUGGAUGGCGAUGCCGAAACAUUCGAGCGGUACUACGCGCCGCUAGCACAGCUAGUGCGCGAGCGGGGGCUGGAUGGGCUGGACCUGGACGUGGAGGAGGAGAUGAGCCUGCGGGGGAUUAUCCGGCUGAUUGACAGGCUGCGGAAAGACUUUGGACCGGAGUUUAUCAUCACGCUUGCACCGGUCGCAACGGCCAUGACCACAGAUUUGAAGAAGUACAAUUUGAGCGGGUUUGACUACUGGGAGUUGGAGAGGGAGAGGGGGAAAGAUAUUGCGUGGUAUAAUGUGCAGUUUUAUUGUGGGUGGGGGCAUCCGAGUAUGUAUAGUCGGAUGGCGAGGAGAAGAGAGAGGGAGUUUGAGUCACUGGCUGAUAUAGACAAGUGGCCAGCUAGGAAGCUGGUCGUUGGGCUGGUGACAAAUCCAGGGAAUGGGAAUGGGUUUGUUGAAUGGCAGGAGUUGGGCUCUUUGCUGGUUGGGUUGGCGGCAAGUCAUGAGAGCUUUGGAGGGGUUAUGGGCUGGGAGUACUUUAACAGUAUGCCUGGCGGGGAGUCUGAGCCAUGGAGAUGGGCGCAGAUGAUGACAGCGUUGUUGCGGGGAUGGACAAUUGAGCCCCUCCCCGAGGGGCAGCAGCAGGCGGCGCAGCAGAAGGCCGCGUUAAAUGACGGAGAAGCCGCCAUUUUUCACACCGAUGCUUAUGCAGAGGAAGACGGGCAUAACAGCGUGGCUGCACCUGUGCCUGGGGAGUUUGAGUACUAUUCUGAUUGGGCAGAAGGAGCCUAG